GUACGGGUACAUAUACGUGUAUUAAACGGAGUAUUUACUAACUAUGCUCUCCAGCACGAAAAUGAUCCCAGGUUUUUUGGUAUGUUGGUCGAUCUGAACGAUUGGGAUGCCAGCCAUUUCGUUAGCUGCAGUCUCAGUUUCCUUUUCCUCCAUUUCCUUCUCGUCCUUCUCCUCUACCGCAGCUUUCUUCGACGCUGCCUGAAUCGUGGGCUCUGCAACAUCUUCCUCCCCUUCUUCUUCAACUAUGUCAUAUUUCUCUUUCCUCUUCCUCUUCUGCCCCUUCUUCUUCAUCUCUAUUUGAGCGAUUGCUUGUGCGAUGCGGUGACUUAUGAGAGCGCGUCUUGCUGGAAGAAGAGGGCGCCAUUGUCGAAUGGGUACAUGGAUCAAGAGAAUACAGGGAAGACUCAGCUCAAAAUUCGGAGGCAGAAUUCGACUUCGACGGCGGGGGAGAGAAUGAAUGAUCAAUCGAGGAAGAAUGAAAUUCAGGGGGAGAUCCAAGAAAGCGGUGAAACAGAGGAGUAAAAUUGUAAAUGAAAUCACCUAAUUCGACGGAGCUGGACGAGAUCGGGAGGUAACCGCCGAACCCAUGGUCCGAGUCCAGUCCUUAUCCGAUAGCGGGAUCCGAAAGAUACCCGACUGCUACGUCAAGCCACCCUCCCACCGCCCAUCCCUCAACCACAAUGCCGCCGCCGCGGUGGUCAGCAACAUCCCGGUGACCGACCUGGCGGAGGACUUCUCCCACGACCCAUCCGUGAGGUCGGAGACGUUGCGGCGGCUGUCGUCGGCGUGCAAGGACUGGGGGUUCUUCCAGGUGGUCAACCACGAUGUCGACGUGGAUAUGAUGAGGAACAUCCGGGAGAUUUGGCGGGAGUUCUUCGACCUCCCCCUCGACUCCAAGCAGCAGUACGCAAACGACCCCAUUUCCGACAAAGGGUACGGCAGCCGCCUCGGGGUCGAGAAAGGCGCCACCCUCGACUGGAGCGACUACUUCUUCCUCCGACGCGGAAACGUCGGAAGGUAACCGCCGUAGUUGAGGUGGAAAUUUUAAAUUUUUAAAAUUUUUAAUUGCCACGUCAUGCAUUUAACGGUCAACUAUAAGAGUUGACCGCCACAUCAGCAAAAGUUAACGGAGACUAACGGCCAGUGACCAAACUUGGAAUGUUAACCUAAUUUAAGUGACUAUAAAUGGAAUAAAUUAAUUUGAGUGGCAAACGUGAAAUUUUGUAGCAAUUCGAGUGACCAAACUUGCAAUUAUGCCCCUCAAAAUUGGAAGUUCAAACCGAAGGGUUGAUUUACAUCAGAUAACAAAGCACCUUGAAUUCA